AUGACAGUGCUGAUUCUUUCCCAAGGGAAGUGCGGCCUUUCCGAAGGAGUCACCCGUUACAUGAUUGCCAUGGCAGCGGUAGAUCUUAUGGUCAUUGUCUUCAACGUGAUUGUGAGCCAGAUCAUCAUGGACUUUUUCCCGGGCUCGCUGCUGAACUAUACUCUGGCCUGCCGACUCAAAGUCUUCAUGCAAGGGCUCAGCCUCCAACUCUCCAUCUGGUUUACCAUCGCCUUCACCUUUGACCGCUUCGUAGCAAUUUGCUGCAAUAAAUUAAAGGCAUGUUAUUGCACAAAAAGAACAGCCAAUAUCGUUAUAAUCAUCAUGAGUGCUCUUAACAUUACGGUCAACAUUCCCUUGCCUUUUCGAUAUGAGCCCACUCAUGUUCUGAACAAUGUACAGUGGGGCUGCCGUACAGUCGCCAGUUACCACACUUCACUGGCCUGGGCAGCUCACCGGUGGCUCACCAACAUCUCAAACAUGUUUCUUCCAAUCCCCCUGCUGCUACUGUUGAACUCUCUCACUGCCCACCACAUUCUAGUGGCCAGCAGAGCUCGCCGGGCUCUGAAGAGCAGCAGAGGUGGUGCUGGGAAAAUGGGCAGAGACCCUGUGCUGAAGAGCAGAAGGACCUCCAUUGUUCUGCUCUUCACCAUUUCUGGAUGCUUCAUGGUGCUGUCGGCGCCCAUUACUGUCAUUCACAUCUGUGUCGGUGUUACCCACACAGUGACUUACCAAGGUUCAACUUCGCUCUAUACGGCAAUCAGGGUUGCGUUCCUACUGAUGUGCACCAGCUCCUGUACAAAUACCUGCAUUUACGCACUGACCCAGAAGAGAUUCAGAGAGGAGAUGACACAUGUUCUAAAAUUUCCCUCCACCCUGCUGCGUAAACCACGUAAAUAA